GUGGUGACGUCAGAUGUCAACACGACGCAAACUUCUCCGUCGUGGCCAAUCAGCCUUGAGUCGGACAGUCUCUUGUAAAGAUGGCGUCGGUGGGGCACAGAGAAGUGAGAGCUGGACGCUUUACCGUUAUUAAACACCGCUGGUUCAGACACCGUAAGAACUGAAACGGCGGCCGUAGUUAAAGUUUAUCGACCCAUUUUGUCAGCCGCAGCACGCAGUUUAGUGCUGUGUGUGUAUCGCCGCGGGCUUGGUUGUUUUUGUUGUUGGUUAGCCAGUCGUUGCCUUGGACAGCUCAUUAGCUUCAAGUUGGAAAAGCCAGCGUUAGCCCGGGCUAGCUGAGUAGCUCCAUCGGCUGCUUGGAUUUUUCUCCACGGCAUUCAUGGAUUGAUAGCUUCACCAGUGUGAACUCUGGGCUGCUUAUAUCUAUUUAAAACUCUUAUUUUCACGGAAACAAACCGGCCAUGAGCCACUUGGAUUAAAAACAAUACUUUAUAAAGGAAUAAGGGGCACAGACGAUCUGGCAUUGCGACACUAUCUGGAGUGUCGAGACGGAGCGAGUUGGCCGUCAUGUAUUUUCUCACCGGCUGGCCCCGGAGGCUGCUUUGUCCGCUAAGGAGUGAAGAGGAGCCCUUCUACAUCCAGCCCAGCUCGCAGAGGUUUUACUUCGCCGUGCUCUCAGAGACGCAGCUCAGCAUCUGGUUCAGCCGGCCCAGUGUUUUGAUAGUCAGCUAUAUCGAGUCUGCGAAGGCGGCGGCCCAGUUUGGCUUCUACCAGAAGGCAGAAUGGAAACCAGACGACUCCAUGAUAGCUGUGGCGACUGCCAAAGGCUACAUCCUCCUGUUUGAUGUGCUGGGUGGAGGAGAUGACAAAUACCUCUAUGAGCCUGUCUACCCAAAAGGAAGUCCUCGUGUGAAGGUGACCCCGGGUUAUAAGGAGGAGCAAUGUGCCCCUGCUCUGUCUCUAGAGAUGAAGAAGCCUGUGGAUCUAGAGGCCCCCAUCACCAGUCUGCAGUCCCUCCAGGAGGACUUACUGGUGUGCACCGCAGACGGCUACCUCCACGUGCUGCACUGGGACGGGCUUGGCAGCAACGGACGCAAGGCCAUCUGCCUCACUACAAUCCCCUUCUCGCUAGACCUGCAGUCUGCUCGAGGUGGUCCCUCUCUGGACCUGGAGGGAGUGUAUAUCCGCUGUAUGGAGUACUGCGUGACGCUGGACGGCUUCGCUGUGGUACUGAGCGACGGACGCUUGGGCUUUAUCACACCGCUCAGCAACAUCAUCACCACAGACCAGCUGCAGGGCGUCUGGGCAGCAGACGUGACAGAUGGCACCUGUGUGGCUGUCAACAACAAGUACAGACUGAUGGCUUUCGGUUGUGCCAGCGGCUCAGUGCUGGUCUACAUGAUAGACACCACGACAGGAUCCAUGCAGCUGUCCCACAAACUGGAGCUCACCCCAAAACACUACCCAGACAUCUAUAACAAGACAGGCCCAGUCAAGCUCAUCUGCUGGUCACCCGACUACAGCGUCGCCAUGGUUACAUGGGAGUGUGGCGGCCUGUCGCUGUGGAGUGUCUUCGGAGCUCACCUCAUCUGCACUCUGGGAGAGGACUUUGCGUAUCGUUCUGAUGGUACCAAGAAGGAUCCCAUUAAAAUCAGCUCUAUGAGCUGGGGAGCAGAGGGUUACCACCUGUGGGUAAUCCCUAACAAACAGGAGAGGAGGAGGAAGGAGGAGCAGCAGCAGCAGCAGAAGGAGGAGGAGGAGGAGAGGGACGACGACGAUGACAAGAAGGAAGAGGAGGAGGAGGUGGAGAUGGUUCCACCUCCUCAGUCCUCCCUGCAGGCUGGCAUACUGCAAUUCCACUUUAUCAAGAGUGCUCUCACAGUCAACCCCUGCACGAGUAACCAGGAGCAGGUGUUACUUCAUGGUGAAGACCGCCUCUACUUGACCUGUGGUGACCCCACACAGGUCCACAACACCUCUGACACACACCCGCACACACACUUGCACCCAUGCGACAGCAGCCCACUGCACCAUCCCCCCGACCCCGACUCCUCUCUCUCUCAGGGACUCAGCACUUUACUGGGACACAAGCACUGGCACGUGGUCCAGAUUCACAGCACAUACCUAGAGAGCAACUGGCCUAUACGGUUUGCAGCCAUAAACACAGCAGGCCAGUGCAUGGCUGUAGCAGGGAGGCGGGGCUUGGCACACUACUCCUUAUUCACAAGGAAAUGGAAACUGUUUGGAAAUAUCACUCAGGAGCAGAACAUGACAGUAACGGGCGGUCUGGCUUGGUGGAAAGACUUUGUGGUGGUGGCCUGUUACAAUUUUAUAGACCAGCAAGAGCAGUUGAGGCUCUAUCACCGAUCAUCCAACCUGGACAAUGCCUUCGCUUCGGUCACUAAGCUGCACUCAGACACUCUGCUGCUCAACGUCUUCAGAGACAUGGUCAUCUUGUUCAGAGCUGACUGCUCCAUCUGCCUCUAUAGUAUAGAGAGGAGGAACGACAGUCCAAACCCGUCAGCCAACGUGGAGUUGCUGCAGGAAGUGUCGAUGUCUCGCUACAUCCCUCACCCUGCCCUCGUGGUGUCUGUCACACUCACGUCUGUGCGCACAGAGACUGGCAUCACGUUGAAAGCCCCGCAGCAGGCCUGCAUGGCAGAGAGCAUCAUGUUAAAUCUGGCUGGCCAGUUGAUCAUGCUACACAGGGACCGUUCAGGGCCGCAGGUACGAGAGAAGGAGACGCCUGCCAUCAAUAAGAAACCGCUACCAUUUUGUCCUCCGGUGGUGCUGGCCCAGUGUGUGGAGAAUGUGUGGACCACCUGUCGCUCCAACAGGAAGAAGCGCCACCUGCUCGAGGCCCUGUGGUUGUCCUGCGGUGAGGCGGGCAUGAAAGUCUGGCUGCCGCUGUUCCCCCGAGACCACCGCAAGCCUCACUCCUUCCUCUCCAGACGCAUCAUGCUGCCCUUCCACAUCAACAUCUACCCACUGGCCGUGCUGUUUGAGGACGCCCUGGUACUGGGGGCAACCAAUGAGACCGUGCUGUACGACGGGCUGCAGGGAUCCUCGGAGCCGCUGGAGGCGCUGUUCCCCUUCUGCACCGUAGAGAGGACCUCCCAGAUCUACCUCCACCAUAUUCUGAGGCAGCUGCUGGUUCGCAACCUGGGUGAACAGGCUUUGAUGCUGGCUCAGUCGUGUGCCUCCCUCCCCUACUUCCCCCACGUCAUGGAGCUGAUGGUGCACGUGGUGCUGGAAGAAGAGGCAACAUCACGGGAGCCCAUCCCUGAUCCUCUGCUGCCCACCGUGGCCAAGUUCAUCACCGAGUUCCCCCUCUUUCUCCAGACCAUCGUCCACUGUGCCCGCAAGACGGAGUACGCCUUGUGGAACUACCUGUUCGCUGCUGUGGGAAACCCCAAGGACCUGUUCGAGGGGUGCCUCAUGGCUCGGGAUCUGGACACAGCAGCCUCCUAUCUGAUUAUACUGCAGAACAUGGAGGUUCCAGCAGUGAGCAGACAGCACGCUACGCUGCUCUUCAACACGGCGCUUGAGCAGGGCAAGUGGGACCUCUGCAGGCACAUGAUCCGAUUCCUCAAAGCCAUUGGCUCUGGAGAGAUGGACACUCCGCCCCCGACGCCCACCACACAGGAACCCAGCUCAACUAGCGGUUUUGAGUUCUUCAGAAAUCGCAGCAUCAGCUUGUCUCAGUCAGCUGAUUCCAUCACUACGGGCAAGUUCAACCUGCAGAAGACCUUCAGCAUGCCCACUGGACCCUCUGCUAAAGGUCGGGAUGUUGAGUGUGCAGAGAACAUGUAUAUCGACAUGAUGCUCUGGCGUCACGCCCGCCACCUCCUGGAGCAGGUUCGACUCCGCGACCUGGGAUGCUUCUCCGCACAGCUGGGCUUCGAACUCAUCGGCUGGUUGUGUCGCGAACGAAACCGCGUGGCCCGUGUUGAUGAUUUUGUUUUGGCAUUGAAGAGACUCCACAAGGAUUUUCUCUGGCCAUUCCCCGUUAUUCCUGUGGGAAGCCUCAGCUCGCCACUGAAGAACGGACGGUGUCGCACAGUGCUGAGCACAAGGCUGUUGAAGUCGCAGUCAGCUGACAGCUUGUUGAACAGCGACAUGGACACAGCUCCCCCUCAGGCUCCUCCCAGCAACCACACCUGGUUGGACGGGCUCGGGCAGAGGACCAAAGACAUGGACACGGCCUCGUCCGCUCACUCUAACCAGCACUCACCACAGACACAUGAUGCUUUCCUGUCGCUGCUCACCAACAAAGUGGAAGAGUACAGUAUUGGCUCAGCCACAGACUUAACAGAGACCAGCUCAGUGGUGGAUGGUGAUUGGACGAUGGUCGAUGAGAACUCCUCGACUCUGAGUCUGAGCCAGGCCGAGCUGGAGCACAUCUCCAUGGAGCUGGCCAACAAAGGCCCGCACAAGUCGCAGGUGCAGCUCAGGUAUCUCCUCCACGUGUUCAUGGAGGCGGGUUGUCUGGAGUGGUGUGUUGUGAUUGGUUUGAUCUUGCGGGACGCAAAUGUCAUCAGGCAGGUGAUCAGCUUCCUGGACAGCCCCGAGGUUCCCGCAGAAACUGUGCAGAGUGUCCGAAACGGCUUGUUGGCUGUCGACACAUGGGCCUCUACUGACUGCCUGGGAUACAAACCCUUUCUCAACCUGAUCCAACCGCAUCUGCAGCAGCUGAUGGAUUCAGCGGCGGAGCAGGUGCAGCCCGAAGCCUUCCAGCCCACCAGCCAGAGCUCCAAACUCGUCGGCUCUGAGGGGCUGGGAGGUGCCGCUUUACCGCGUCCCGAGGACAGCAGGGGAGCAGCGGCUCCGCUGGGCCUGGCACUACCCUCCCUCGAACCCACCGGAGGUUUUCCGCGGCCCCCCUCUGAGGACUGUCCUCCCGAGCAGACAGAGGAGCAGGGAGAAGAGGAGGGAGCCUACGACUGCACCUUGUCCUGAACUCAGGAGCCUCAUCUGGACUCUAACCUGUGAGCUUUGGGCCCGCGUGAGAAAAGGAAGAGGAAGCAGCAGCAGUUGCUGACUGGAAAUAGACUUUAUUUUUGUGUGUGUGUCUGUCUGUGUGCGUGUGUGUGUGUGUGUGUGUGUGUGUGUGUGGGGAUGUGUGUGUGUGUGUGUGCACAGAAAGUACCUCUCCUGCAGGUUCUUGCUUCAGUCAGUAUUAUCCACUCUUCAGAUUUGCCCUUUGUGUCGACUAGAGCCCCUGUGGAUACUGAAUGACAGACAGACCAACUGGCACAAAGACAUGACAGCACAACCAGAGAAAGAGUUCAGUCUGACAGCUUAGUUUUUCGAAAAAUGUGCUGUUGGAAAAAAAAAAAAAAAAAGGUCACCUGUGUCAGUUUGUGUGUUUCCACGUGCUUUGUGGUGUUCAGAAGCUGUAGACCAGCACAGGAAAGCGCCAGGCUUUCUAUUCCAAGACAGAUGUUUUGUGUGUAACUUUUCUUUGGCACUUUUAAGUGCAACUGGAGACUUUGAAAUGUUGUUUUUUUUUUUUUUUUUCCCACAGUCCAGACAAAAAGCUCCAUUGUUCCUUUUCAGUUAAUGCAAGCAGCGCAAGAAUCACGAAGACAAAAAAAAAGAAACCCUGUGUAUUUGAUCAUCAUACUACGUUGCUGAGGAUAAUGUAGAACAAAGCUCUAGUCGUGAACCAUUCACAAGAUGCACUGAAGUGUGUCUGAGCCUACAGUAAGUGUGCAGUUGUGUUUGUGUGCACAAGGGGUGUUUCAUACUUUCAUACCUCAUAUGAUUUUAAAAUAUUUUGUGAUACCUUUUUCAAUAAUGUAACAGUGUACAACAAGAUGACAUUAUUUUUCUAUCGAUUACACCUUGUCCCUCCCUGUAAAACGCAGUCAUGGUAUGAAUUCUGUGUAAUUCUUGAGAAGUGACGACCUUAAGAUUUCUAAGAAAAUGAUCUCUGAGAAAAAUCCACUAUUACGAGUGCAGACUAGUUUCUUACCACUGAUCAGUACCUGCGUUCAUGUAUUUUUCAUGCACCAGAUGAGGUUUUAACAACGCCCCGACCUUGCCGACGUCCAGGCCCCAAAGUGUCUGAGCCAAUAUCAGUUGCUCUCCUUCGAGUGGGGUCCAGGUUUUUAGACAACAAGCAAAGCAGAUUGCUGCUGAACUGGCCAGAUUUCAGGCUGCAGUGCGGUGAAGGGCCUGGGCAAAACAGAUGCUAUAAAAACCAAAUCAUAUGAUGCUUUAUCCAGCUUUUUAAACACACAUUUGUGUUUGUCUGAGAGACUGAAAAUGUGUGUCCUAUCAUCAGUGAAGCAGAUCAUGAAUAUCGUGUUAUUAAAGCCAUCCUACUCUGUAGAUUUUGUACCUAUCCCUUGUUGCCAGAACAUUUGAUUCCCUCUUCAGUAGUGUUAACAGUGACACCUUUUUUUUCAUGUGUAAUGGACCCCCAUCAUCUGAUAAGGACUCAUAUUUCGUCCAGUCCCAUACUUAUUAUACUCUGAGGGUCCGACAACGUGCAUAUCCCAUCGCUGAUCUGCUCAAGACAAUGAGAACCAAUUCCGCCACGACACAUGCGUUUUUGUGCUCCUGUGUGGAUUCCUGAACAU